AUUAUGCUUAGAGCCAAAGUCUCUUCACACCUAAUUACCCGCCAAAUCAUUUUUGAAAAAAGCCACACACACCUCAAUCCCCACAACCCAAAUCAAUACCCCUCUCUCUCCCAAAAGCUCUUAUACCUCCUGAAACAAUGUGUAUCCACCAAAGAGUUGAAACAAAUUCACACCCAAAUGCUCAUAAACUCCAUACAUAAACCCAACUUCCUCCUCCCCAAAAUCAUUGACCUCAAAGACUUCUCCUAUGCCUCCAUGCUCUUCUCCCACAUCCCGGAACCCAACGACUACGCUUUCAACGUCAUGAUCCGUGGCCUUACCACCACAUGGCAUAAAUACCAACUUUCUCUGGAAUUCUAUUACCAAAUGAAGUCUUUGUGUCUGAUGCCCAAUAAUUUUACGUACCCUUUCGUGUUCAUUGCGUGCGCGAAUUUGGUUGAGUUGAAUCAUGGGCGUGCAGCCCAUUCGUCGGUGUUUAAGACUGGAUUGGAUAAGGAUGGACAUGUGACUCACUCUUUGAUUACCAUGUAUGCUAGGUGUGGUAAAUUGGGUUUUGCACGGAAGGUGUUUGAUGAAAUUUAUCAAAGGGACUUGGUUUCGUGGAAUUCGAUGAUUUCCGGGUAUUCCAAAAUGGGGUAUGCGGGUGAUGCUGUGCGGUUGUUUCGAGAAAUGAGGGAUUCGGGGUUUGAGCCUGAUGAAAUGAGCUUGGUGAGCAUUCUUGGAGCGUGCGGGGACCUGGGUGAUUUGAGUUUGGGGAGGUGGGUGGAGAGUUUUGUUGUUGAGAAUAAGUUGGAGCUGAAUUCAUAUGUUGGGUCUGCAUUGAUUGGUAUGUAUGGAAAGUGUGGUGAUUUGUCCUCGGCGAGGAGGGUCUUUGAUAGUAUGAAGAAAAAGGAUCGAGUCACCUGGAAUGCCAUGAUAACAGGGUAUGCUCAAAAUGGAAUGUCCGAUGAAGCAAUGGUGCUUUUUGAUGACAUGAAAGAGAGAGGUGUUAAUCCUGAUGAAAUUACUUUGGUUGGAAUGUUGUCUGCAUGUGCCUCGAUCGGUGCCCUAGAUUUGGGGAGAUGGAUUGACAAAUAUGCAUCCGAAAGGGGCAUACAACAGGACAUUUAUGUUGGCACUGCAUUAAUUGACAUGUAUGCUAAGUGUGGGAGUUUAGCCAAUGCACUAAGAGUUUUUGAAGACAUGCCCCAGAAAAAUGAGGUCUCGUGGAAUGCCAUGAUAUCUGCCCUUGCUUUCCAUGGGAGAGCACAUGAAGCAAUAUCCCUAUUCAAGAGCAUGACAGAAGGUGCUGGGGCUACUCGGCCAAAUGACAUCACAUUUGUGGGAGUGCUUUCUGCAUGUGUACAUGUUGGAUUAGUGGAUGAGGGCCGUCAAUUGUUUAAUUUGAUGAGCUCGUCAUUUGGUCUUGUCCCGAAAGUAGAGCAUUACUCUUGCCUGGUUGACCUUUUGUCACGUGCAGGACUUGUACAUGAAGCUUGGGACUUCAUUAAGAAAAUGCCUGAAAAACCAGAUGAAGUCGUACUGGGGGCAUUGCUUGGCGCCUGUAAGAAAUGUAAAAAUGUAGAUGUCACUAAGCAGGUAGUGCAGCUGCUUCUCGAAUUAGAGCCUUCAAACUCUGGAAACUAUGUUAUCUCAUCAAAGAUAUAUGCGAAUUUAAAAAUGUGGGAUGAGUCAGCAAAGAUGAGAGUGUUGAUGAAACAGAGGGGUGUCAGCAAGACUCCUGGUUGUAGCUGGAUUGGGAAUGAGCAUCAACUUCAUGAGUUUCACUCGGGUGAUGGCUCAAUAGAAAUUCUUCAUUUACUUAAGUUAUUAUAUGAGGAUCUGAAGAAUGAAGGUUACAUUCCAAACAUUAAUUCUGUCUAGAGAAACACGGUUCAAACACUUUCUAUGCAUCUGGAUCUUCUCAACCAAACGACAAGGUUAAAAUAUGAGUUGCCCGCCAGGUUGGUGAAUUCAAGCAACGUUUAUCUGUCUUCUGGAAAUUUUAGCGACAUUUUUAAGCUUAGACAUACGGAGAAAUGGAUAUGCUUACUGCAGCUAUGGAAGAUGGAAUGAGACAGGCAAUGCGGCAUUGCAUUUAAAGCUCUAAAGGUUACGUUUCCAGAAUCGUUAUUCUUCCCUCACAUAUACUGUAGUUUAAUAGGCCAUGACUGACCUAAAAUGAUGGUUGGUCGCAGAAAUCAGCAAUUGGUUGACUAGGAUUUACAGGUCACUGCCCUGCAGCAUUUGUACAGAGCUCUCUAAACAGAUGUAAUGCAUGAUUAAAUUUCGUAUUCUCAUUAAAUAGAAGAGGCACAAGGGAAUCUUUCGAGUUUUGACGAAGCUAGCGCGGAUUGACACGAUCAAAACCCUAAGCUUCGUCCUUUGAAUCGUAGUCAUGGAGGCAGAUGUCGACUGCUUGAACUUAGAACCGCACUACAUUUGCACCUGGGUUCUCUUUUUGCAUUUACUUACCUAUUCUUUCUGUAUUUUCAACCCUUGAUUUACACUACAUUGAUUCAUAUUAUCAACCCUUGAUUA